AUAAUUACAGCUUAGGCUGAAAUAAGCAAAGCAACUCUCCUGGUUUCACAGGCUGCCUGCGUCGCUAACAACACUGCAGUCCCACUGACUCAGAGGGCCCAGGAGCCAUUGCUCUGUUCUACUGCACUCAUUCCUGGGAUUUAUUUGUCACUAGAACUUUUCAUUUUCAGGCAUGGAUUUGCUCCUGGAUUCUGGUUAAAUUAUAAUUCUUUCUCCCAGUCAGAAUUCAAACAGAACUCUGUUGUUUUGUUUGUUUGUUUUGUAAAAACAACAAAACUGGAAUCAUUUACUAUGUCUGUGACUGCCCUGUUCAGGGGAAAGUGGGGGCACAAGUCACAGGAAACCCCAGAGAAGCAAAUAGCAGCUGUAGUUCAAGCCAGCCACGACGAGGAUGACGACGAGGAUGACUCCAAAGUUGGUUUGAGCAGAGAUCCCAUCCAGAGGAAUUCACGCUUUUACCGCUCAAUGAGGAAGAAGAGGCUGGCCUCAUCUGAGCCAUCUGAAAAUUCUUUGUGGCCUGGUUCGGACCGCAGUCCAGCUAACAGAGCAGGAGUCCCCUCCUCUAAUGCUCCUUCACCCCACAAAUCACCUUUGUUGCCCGGGGCUAGACGCCCUCAGCUUUCACCACAGCUCCAUCAUUCCAGAACUGGGUUGCCAAGCAAUGGCGAGGCCAGCAGCAGACUUGCUCUGUACAACAGGGAUGCUGCGGAUAGGACAAGAGGAGGAGUAGGAGGAGGGAGGAGUCCGGUUAUAUCUGCUGCCUCCAACAGCCAGAACAGAGAUCUCACAGCUGACAUGCUCACUUACCAGACUCACAACAUCCACAGCGGAGACAUUAAAAAGCUGUCCGAGCAAACGGCCGCGGUUUGCACUGUACAGGAGGUCAGAGGGAACACCAUGAGCUCACAGCGGCCCAAUUCUGGUGGAGCAGAGCAGGAUAACAUCAACCUCAGGUUGCUGAGCAAUGGCGACAGCUCCCAGACAAUCUGCCACAGCCUGAACAUCGUCAAAAACAUCGCCUUCCUGUAUCAGGAAUACCGGGACACCUCCAAACAGCAGGAGAUUGAGCAACGGCGGCAACUAGAGAACCUUCCCCCUGGGGUCACGGCAGGGACUGUGGUUUCAGGAUCUGUCACGUCCCCCCCAACAUUACAGCUGCAGCUGAGGAACAGCUCUCGCUCACUGAGCUUGUGGCAGAACCUGGAUGUUGUGCAGGCCAGUGGUCUGCUCACCCAGCUGCCGCAGAAAGAAGUCAUAAUGCAAGAGGCCAUGUUUGAGCUUGUUACCUCAGAAGCAUCCUACUACAAGAGUUUGGAAAUUUUAGAGACUCACUUCCUACGUAACCCCAUUUUGAUCAACACUCUCAGCCAGUCCGACAUGCAUUUUCUCUUCUCCAACAUCGAGGAAGUCAUGAAAGCCAGUGAAAGGUUCCUUAUGGAUCUUGAGCACCGAAUUGAGAAGUCCAUUUUGAUUUCUGAUGUGUGUGACAUUGUUUACCACCACGCUGUGGAACACUUCAGUGUGUUCAUCAAAUACGUCAUCAACCAGGUUUACCAGGAGAAGAACUACAGACGCAUUUUAGAGGGAAACCAGGCAUUCCGGGAGACCAUGGCUGCACUGGAGAACCAUCCACGUGUCAGGGGUCUGUCCUUCACCUCCUUCCUAAUCCUUCCUUUCCAGAGAAUCACACGGCUCAAGCUGCUAGUACAAAAUAUCCUGAAAAAAGCUGAGGAAAACUCAGAGAGGGAAGCAAAUGCUAUAAAAGCACAUCAGCAGCUGGAACAGAUUGUCAAAGAGUGUAACGAAGGGGUGCGAAAAAUGAGUCGCACUGAGGAGCUUAUCAGCAUUGAGAAAACACUGGAGUUUAAAUCCAAGUCUGUGCCAAUCAUUUCCCACUCGCGCUGGUUGCUGAAGAAGGGUGAAGUGCAGCUAAUGACUGGGCCUAAGAGCACUAGGACCAUGCGGAGUCGUAAGCUCUACCAACCAGUCUACUUGUUCCUUUUCAACAAUCUGCUUCUGGUCACCAAGCGCAGCUCCAGCGGGGACAAGUUCCAGGUUCUUGACUCAUGCACACGGGCCAUGCUGAGGACUGAAGAUCUUGAAGACCAGGGUCAGCAACUGGCCAAUGUCUUUAAUCUGAAGCUGCUGGAGAACCAAGAGGAGCGUCAAGUCAGCUACAUGCUCAAGGCUGGCAGUAUGAGUGAUAAGCUUCGGUGGACGUGUGCUCUCACUCCUAACCGGCGCACACGCUUUAUGUCUACCAGUGCCCACCAACCAGAUUCUCCACAGGUGCAGUGUAUUCAGUCAUACUCAUCUCAGGAGCCAGAUGAACUCUCCAUUGAGAUGGCUGAUGUUUUGAACCUCCUGGAGAGAACAGACGAUGGCUGGAUGAUGGGUGAAAGGCUCCAUGAUGGUGAAAGGGGCUGGUUCCCUAGUCGAGUCGUAGAGGAGAUCCAGAGCAAGGAGGUCCGAGCUCAGAACCUGAGAGAGGCCUUAAGGAUCCAGCAGGCCCAGGAAGGUGGAGGAGGCCCACAAACUGGAACCAGGGUUAGUUCAAGGCCGGGGAGACGCAUCCCAAAGGUCUCCAGUUUCUCCAAUCCUUGGACUGAUCAAAUGGGGGAGAGCAGUGAAGUAAAGCAGUGAAUUAGUAACAGUGACGAGUGUCACAUUCAGGGCCAUAUGCACUAAGAGAAAAAGAAUCAGGACUUAAUUCCCAUACUAUGACAUCCUGUCACUUUGAUUUCCACUUAGCAGUGGAUGUGUUGUGGUUUUAGAAAAUUCUCAGUUUUGGUCUCUGGGACAAAUUAUUAAAGAGUUAAUAACCUUGUACAAGCAAUGCUGCAUGUCUUAUAUAAACGUGUGCAGAAGGUCUUUAGUAGACCCACACAAUGUGGUGUGUAAUGCAUGGAGGUUUGGAGCUGUGUGUGGGGAUGGCAAGAACCUUAAAUCUUCUUGUACAGUUCUGUAACCAUCCCUCAGUUGCAUGGGCAAGUUUUAAAACUUUUCAUGUGUUAAUUUCAUUGUUAAACACUAAAUUAUACCCUACACCCACAGCAUAAACAGUUAAGUGUCUAAUAAAAUAAAACAUUAAAUAGUAUUAUUAUAAAAAAAACACAAAUGAUUGAAUGAAUGAAAAAUAUUCAAAGUGCGUCAGCUAAAGUGACAUAUGAGUAUGAAACACUGACAAUAGCCAGACCUGAUUUCUGGCUAUGAAAGUGUGAAAAAUCACAUUUAAACACAUUAUGGAGAACAGCAGCAGUGGUCAGCUUGGCUUCACAGCAGUUACAACAAUGACAAGUUUACACAGUGGCUACAAAAGUGUGCGGACAUCCAUAGAAAUCAGCUGUGUAAAUGCUAGUUAUGAGGGGACCCAGUACCCUGUCCCUAUCCGGCCUCAUUCCCAACUCCUCAGAUACUUCCACUUGGUCAGUGGCCCUCUGUUUCAAAAUAUGACAUUGCAGGUAUCUCUCUUGUGUCAUUUCUGGAAGCGAAGUCAGGUGAUGUAGUAUAAAGAGCAGGAAAGUCCAUAUGUGGAGUGGGUAAGGUGGAUAGAUGGCUCAAACAAACACAGCACUUUAACCCAGGAGACCACUGUUCGUGUCCUGUGUGAAACCAAUAGUAAACAAUUUCUAAUGUUUCGGGCUGGCUCCUGAUAGUCAGCUUAACUGCUAAGAAGAGUCUUAGUCAAUCCACUUUUCGGAUGGUCGCAGUAAAACAAAAACAACGUUAAACUUCAAGAGCUACGUCUUGUCAUCAAGUAUUGGGAUUGAUUUAUUCACAUUCAGAAUCAUUGCCACUUAUGCCAUUAUUAUUUAACAGUUACUGUUAAAAUAUAUAUAUUUAAGUAAGGAAAUUAGUAUCAUAAACGUGCAACGAUUUGUCGACUAUCUGAGUAGGGGGCAGCCCUACUAAUAUUAUGUUGGGUUAGGGUUAAGCCUUUUUUGUGCCUAAAACUUACCAAACUGCGAUCAUUUCAUACCUACAGUGUCAUAUUUUGAAAGUCAAGCAGUAUACCAAACAUGACACCAACCUACAACAAUUAGUCAAUUAAUCAAUUAGUUGUCAAGUAUUAAAUUAUCCGCCAACUAUGCUGAUAAUGAAUUAGAAUUUUUUUCUCAAAAUUCUCUGAUUUCAGCUUCUCAAAUGUAAGUAUGACAGUAAACUCUUUCUUUAUCUAUUAUAUCUAUCAUUCAGGUUGAGUGGGUUUAAUUACCACUUACCCCUGGAACGCUGGUGAGCUUAGCUAUCUAGUCAGUACAGCGACAGUGUUCUGCUUUCAUACACUUGACUUGUGUCCAUGCACAGAGCUCGGUGCUGGUUUCACAUCAUUUAGAUUAACAAAAAAACUCAGACAGGCACUAAAAAAAACUACCUGAGGACAAUUGUUCUCAACAAAAAGUCGCUCUGUGCAUUCAAUUGUCCAUAUCUCUGUUUGCUAUAUAUGUAAUACUGUGUUAUAUUGCAUAGUAUUACAUUGAGACGAUAGCCAUCAAACUGUGAAAACACCACUGACAGAAAUGGUUCUUUGCAGCGUGCUCUGCUGUCUAUCAUUACAUACCUUAUGUUCUAAAAGGCCAGGUCAAAUACAGCAGGUCCCACUUAUUUAACAUGCAGAACACCAUGAAAACCAUUCAUUUUUGGGAGGAGUUGCAAAAAUAAGAUUAUAAUUAUUAUUAUAUUUAUUUGUAGUGUAAAAUUUAAAGUUCAGUUAUUGUGCUAACUAUUAAUAAGUUACAUUUAACCUUCCUACGUCUGCUCCUCUGCUGCAUAUUAGAAAAGCCUCAUUUAGGUCUACAUGCAAAAUAACAUUCCAUAAUCAUCCAAUAAACAAAUACACAAAUAAAAAAAUGUAUAUAGUAAUGUCAUGUACUUUUAGUUAGGAGAUAAUUUCAGAUAAAGUCCUCACAUUUUAAACCUCCUUCAAAGAUCAUUUCUUAUUUUUUGUGGUAAAUAAAGGGAUGAUCUACUCCAUUUUUACCCUCCGAUUGUCGAAAAUGAAAACAGUCCUUAUUUCUAGUAACUAAACUAACAGCUUUUUUCUACCUGCCGUGAACCCAAACUGACCGCAGUUUCUGCUAUCAAACUCCAAACUAGUUUCUAAGCCUACAGUGUUUCAUACCCAAAGGAAUUUGACUAUAAAACUGUUGAAGGAGUACAAAAAAAAAAAACACACACACACACACACAAGGGAUAAAUCCUGUAAUAGCAAUUUAAUGCCAAAUAACUGCAGUCUGUCGUAACUGUAUAGAAUGUAUCAACACUAUGAACAACUACUGUAUGGAUCAGCAUGAUUGUAAAACCUGUGUGUCUUUAAAUACAAUGUACAGUAAUGCAAACACUUGAUGUUUAAACUAAUAAUUAUAAACUGUUAUUUCAUUUUGUAAGAUGUAAAUUAUUGUUCAUAAAGAAUUAAUCAGA